AAUAUAGAAAUGCUAAUCAUAAAAUUAUAAUGGAAAGUGGAUUAAGAGACUCGAAACGCAUAACGCAACCUAAAAUGAUUGAUAUUACUGAAGAGAUGGUACUGAAGCAGAAAGAAAAGUCAUCAUACCAUUGUGAUAUAUGUGAUAAAUCAUUCACUCAAAAAGGUAAUUUUUCCAUUCACCUGCGCAUUCAUACAGGGGAAAAACCAUAUCAUUGUGAUGUCUGUGGAAAAUCGUUCUCUACCCAAAAUUACUUAACUACUCACAUACGUAUUCAUACGGGAGAAAAACCAUUUCAUUGUGAUGCCUGUGGUAAAUCGUUCGCCAGAAGUAGUAUAUUAAUUAGUCACAAACGUAUUCAUACAGGCGAUAAACCAUAUCGCUGCGAUAUCUGUGGUAAGACGUUCGCAGCAGGCAGGAACUUAGCUGGACACAAACGCAUUCAUACAGGAGAGAAGCCACAUCAAUGUAAUAUCUGUGGUAAAUCAUUUCUUCAAAGAUCUCACUUAACUUCUCACGAACGUAUUCAUACGGGAGAGAAGCCAUAUCACUGCGAAAUCUGUGGUAAAGCUUUCACAGAAAAAUGUCACUUAACCAACCAUAAACGUAUCCACACAGGAGAGAGGCCGUAUCGUUGUGGGGUCUGUGGGAAAUCGUUUUCUCAAACAAGUUAUUUGAAUGAACACAACAAACGUCUUCAUUCUGGAGAGAAGCGCAUUCGUUCACAAGAGAAACCACAUCACUGUGAUUUUUGUGGUAAGUCUUUCUCUGAAGCCAGUUACUUGUUGUCACACAAACGUGUUCAUACUGGAGAAAAGCCAUACCACUGUAAUAUCUGCGGCAAAGCAUUUUCUGAAAGAAGUCACUUAAUCAACCACAAACGCGUUCACACAGGAGAGAAGCCAUAUCAUUGUGACGUCUGUGAUAAAUCAUUUUCUCAAAAAGGUCACUUAAAUAUUCACAAACGCACUCAUACUGGAGAGAAACCAUAUAGUUGUGACACAUGUGGUAAAUCAUUCUCUCAAAAUAUUCAUUUAACCAUUCACAGAUAUAUUCAUACAGGAGAGAAACCAAAUCACUGUGAUAUAUGUGGAAAGUCAUUCUCUCAAAACAGUGAUGUAACUAAACACAAACGUACUCAUACAGGAGAGAAACCCUAUAGAUGUCAUACUUGUGGUAAAUCAUUCUCAGAUCGAAGAAUCUUAACCACUCACCUGCGUAUUCAUACAGGGGAAAAACCAUAUCACUGUGAUGUCUGUGGUAAAUCAUUCGCUAGAAGUAGUGUAUUAAUUAGUCACCAACGUAUUCACACAGGAGAAAAACCAUAUCAGUGUGAUAUCUGUGAGAAGGCAUUCUCUGUAGGCAGCACCUUAAUUAAACACAAACGCAUUCAUACAGGAGAGAAGCCAUAUCAAUGUAAUAUCUGUGGUAAAUCAUUCCUUGAAAAAUCUCAGGUAACUUCUCACGAACGUAUUCAUACGGGAGAGAAGCCAUAUCACUGCGAAAUCUGUGGUAAAGCUUUCUCUGAAAGUUGUCAUUUAACCAAUCAUAAACGUGUCCAUACUGGAGAGAGGCCGUAUCGUUGUGGGGUCUGUGGGAAAUCGUUUUCUCAAACAAGUUACCUGAAUGUACACAUCAAACGUAUCCAUUCCGAAGAGAAGCGCAUUCGUCCACAAGAGAAACCACAUCAUUGUGAUUUUUGUGGUAAGUCUUUCUCUGAAGCCAGUUACUUAAUAUCACACAAACGUGUUCAUACUGGAGAAAAGCCAUACCACUGUAAUAUCUGUGGCAAAGCAUUUUCUGAAAGAAGUCACUUAAUCAAUCACAAACGCGUUCACACAGGAGAGAAGCCAUAUCAUUGUGACAUCUGUGAUAAAUCAUUUUCUCAAAAAGGUCACUUGAAUAUUCACAAACGCACUCAUACUGGAGAGAAACCAUAUAGUUGUGACACAUGUGGUAAAUCAUUCUCUCAAACCAAUCACUUAACCAUUCACAGAUAUAUUCAUACAGGAGAGAAGCCAUUUCACUGUGAUAUCUGUGGCAAAUCAUUCUCUCAAAACAGUGAUGUAACUAAACACAAACGUACUCAUACAGGAGAGAAACCCUAUCGUUGUCAUACUUGUGGUAAGUCAUUCUCAGAUCGAAGAAUCUUAAGGAGACAUGAGGACAUACAUUCUAGAGAAAAUCCCUGUCAAUAGUAAAUCACUCACUGCAAAGUUGGUGAACCAGUAAUGUAUUCACGUUGCAGUAAAAACACAUAACUAGUACUUUUAGUAAAUCACUGAAAAUUAGUCACUUAACUUGAUGCAUAUGUAUUCAUAUAAAUGAAUAACUGUAGCAAUGUCAAAAUUCAUUCUAUGGCUUUAUGCUAAGAAGUAUGUUUCUUAACCAAAUUGUUCUUGGUUCAGUCCCUCUGCAUGGCACCCUGGGACGUGUCAUACUGUAGCCCCAGGCCAAUCAAAGCCUUGUGAGUGAAUUUGGUUGAUGGAAACUAAAAGAAGCUUGUGUGUGUGGACUAUC